AUGGACAAGUGGCGCUAUUAUGCCACUGAGCCGAACAGUCAGAGCAGAGUGAUGGAGACCGGCUUGGUGGUGCUCCUGAUAUUCUUCAGAAAUGUCCACCGUCGUGUCCCACACAUUUUCUGCAUUAUUAUUGGUUACUCCCAUGUUCGGAGCAUCAUAGCAGACUCAUGGUGGGGGAAGUUCCACACCAUCAUCACUUCCAUGAUCUGCUUGUUCAUGGGUCAUGUGCUACUGCUUCUGGGUGCAUUUCCACAUGUAGGGGGCAGCAGUGUACACACUGGUCUGUCCAUGCUUGGCCUCGUCCUCAUCACUUUUGGGACUGGAGGAAUCAAGCCUUGUUUAACAGCGUUUGGUGGCGACCAGUUUGAGGAAGAGCAUCAGAAGGAGAGAGAACGUUUGUGUUGGACCUUCACCACACCAUUUAUCAGAGGAGACCUUCAGUGUUUUGGAGGUGACUGCUAUGCACUAGUGUUUGGAAUCGAUGCAGCAUUGAUGGUCUUAGCUUUGGGGACGUUUAUUUCAGAGCUUUUCAUUGGUGGCAGUAAAUCAUAUAGAAGGUUACCACCAGGAGGAAAUGAUCUGAAGAAAGUCUGCAAGUGUAUUGGGGAGAGACUCGAGUGAAGCCGUGACAAAGGCUAAACCCCCGGAUGAACCGGCGAUAAAGUUUGCAAAGCCCAGGAAGUGCUGAAGCUCCUUCUCGACGUCAGAGAGACGGCCAGUCCCGAACUGUCCUCACCUUUCUCUUAACCACUUGCCCCCCUCCUGCAUCUGCACAAGGUUAUACGCUCCUUAAGUCCAACUUUGUGAAUAUCCUCACGUAAAUCCUCCAAGACGGCCGGGACCACAGGAAGUGGGUAUGAAAGUAGUGCGAUCUGAGCGUUUAAGUUCCUAUAGCAGUGCAGGGCCGUAGACCGCCGUCCUUCUUCUGGUUUGGACGGCUAGUUCUUGGGCCCCUCUCUCUCGGCGAAGUUGGAGUUGGUUGAGUCAUGUUUGGAAGAUGAAGUUCCCCGUGGAGCCGGAGUCGACUAAGGCAAAGACCGAGAUAGAGAAAGUGGGGGUUAUGAGAGUAACAGCCAGUUUUGACAGUUGUGAAAUGUCAAUGGAAACUCUACGGAACUCACUGCUGGGCGUGGUGGUCGAGCGGGACACCUGGUGAUAUGAAGUCCACGAUUAGCGCAAUAGAGGCACCUGCCGGUUGGCAGGCAUCGGCCCCUCUCCCUCCUUGACAGUCUCUGGGAACCCACCUGCAUCGGUUUGGGUUCGGGAGCCAACGGAUGAACAAGAGCGGGGCCAUGCUCAGGUUCCGAAG